UCUUUCUUGGAAAACACAGACAGAAACCUCAAUUUACAUUUUCACAGCAGGGUAAAGAACCUCCAUCACACAACUCAGAUAUAAGGGAGAUGAAAAGAGAUAGUUUUAGCCCCAGAAUAUCUUGUUCUGAGAUACCUUCAAAUAGCCAGACUAAACACAGUUCUCCCGAGAAAUCCAACGAUUUCACAGAUAUUCAACCUCGAAUACAGAGUGUUUCACUAGAGGGCGCGAAUUCUCUUCGGCAAAAGGCAUGUUAUAACGAUAUAUCUUUCGUGAGCGAUGAAUAUGAUUUUGAAAAUGCAGAAAGACGGGUAAUAUUUCAGGUAGGAAGCAGUGAAGACACAGAUGAUGAGUUUAGUGAAAUAGAUCGUCAAGACUAUUUUACAGAGCUUGUAGUAAAUGAAAAAGAAAAUUAUUUUGAAGAACAUAAAACUCGGCAAGAAGAAGAGGCCGAAGAUUUUGCCGCAGUGCUGAUACCGGUAACAACCAUCAACAGCAACGUUGCUGCAACUUUGUCAGGAUCUGUGCUAUUAUCAAGUGAAUGUUCCUGGUUUUCCCAGCGAAGUUUAGUUCCAAUGAAUGUGGCUAGGACAUCUGAACUUAACCCAGAAGAUGUAUCUUCUCGGCUUCAAGUUUCCAACAGCAUUGAACAUGGAGUAUGUGGAAGAGCUGAGGACUCUGGACUAAUAUUAGACCACACUGGUGAUUCCGAAGUUGAUAGCAGUUUAACAGAAGUUGAAAGUCUCCCAGAUGAUGCUUACUCUACUCCUCCAAAUGGUAUCAUAGAACCUGAAGAAACAAGAGUAGAAUAUAGCAAAGAGGGAACAGGUGAUGGUAUACAAGAAACAAAAAUUGAGAAAGAUCAAAAGAAUGACACACAAACUCAUAAGCUAGAAAUUAGUGAACCUAGUAUAUUACUGGCAGAAAAUUUAUUUGAUGGUGAUAACUUGAAUGUAAGUAGAAAAAAAAAAGGAGGAACUGAAAGCCUAAAACUCGAAAACAAAAAAGUUGUACAAAAGUCAGCAGAUGAGGAAGGGCAGCAUGAUGCUUAUCACUUUCAAAAUGAUGCAUGCUCAGUCAAAUCAAUAACAGUUAAGCCAACUUGUAAAAAACAUGCUGAUAAACCUUCGAGUUUACAUGAGAAUGUAUUUCAAACAAUAUUGGAUGGUAUUAGUGAAGGACCACCUGAUGAAGAAGAUAAAAACAAAAAUGAGGGAUUAUCAUCAGAUAAAAAACAUGGAGGUUUAUGUAAACCCUGUUCCAGAACUUUGUUGAAGUAUAUUGCUGUGAUGCAGGAGUUUUUGGACAGUGUUGUUGUAGAUGUGGUAAAAUCAGGAAGAGAGGAGGAAAGUGAGCAGUGUUUCUGGUGCAUAAAAGAAAGAUUGCAGCAUUCCAUGCAGACUUUCAGAGCUGCAAAACAAGAGUCAACAGCUGAUGCAAGAAGUGAUGUGCCAACACACACUUAUUCAGAUGAACAGCAGUAUGAUUACAAAAAUAAUGAAGAAUCAAAAAGUGAAGCACAUCUUCAUGACCAAAAAUCUUGUUUGAGAAAAGUUCCAAAAGAAGAGCCCAAAGAGAUGUCAAGAGAGCCUGCUUGUCAUUUUGCUGAACAAUCAUUUAUUCGAGGGAGAUGUAUUAACUCAUAUUCUACAGAGUCAAUUCAUAGUGAAAGUGGAUACAUGUCUGAUGCCGGCAUAACUGCAAAGAAUUUCCAAAGGUCCUAUUCAGCUGGACAUUUAGAACGACAGUCCUCUCAUUCUUCUGAGCAAUCCCUUGAAGAGCAGGAGUCAGCACAUCAACAGAGUUUCAGAGGAAACAAUAUCCAUGUGAAAUCUCCCCAACAACAGAGACAAAAUGAUUUUCCAGUUUCCAACAACUUUAACAAAAGUGCAGAAUGUACCAAAGAUUUGGUUCUACCUCAACCAGAUACAGAAAGAGAUGAUCAAGCUUAUGUUACUAUGGCAACCAAUAAUUUGUGUGCUCUUGGUUGUAUGGUGUUAGGAAAUUCUCUAAGGUUGUGUAAAACCACUCGUAAGUUAGUAGCUCUAGUGACUGAUGGUGUUUGUCACUCCUUUAGGAACAUGUUGGCAAAUGUGUACGAUAUAGUACAGCCUGUACGAUUACUAGGCAGCCAAGGAACCACUAAAAUUGCCCUUUUGGACCAGCCAGAACUGGGUGUUUCUUUCACUAAACUUCAUGCAUGGAGGCUGAUACAGUUCUCAAAGUGUAUCUUUCUGGACCCAGAUGUAAUUGUUAUCCAAAAUUGUGAUGAACUCUUCAAAAGAGGUGAACUUUCUGCUGUGCCUGACAUUGGCUGGCCUGAUUGUUUUAAUAGUGGAGUCUUUGUGUAUGUACCAUCAUUGAAAACCUUUUGGGGUCUGGCUGAUUUUGCUGAGAAGCAAGAGAAUUUUGAUGGAGGAGAUCAAGAACUUCUUAAUAUGUACUUCAAGACCUGGAGACUAGAUAUUUCUUGUAGACUACCUUUUAUCUAUAACCUCAUGGCUAAUGUCACUUAUACAUAUAAACCUGCCUUCAAGCAGUUUGGAAGACAUGUGAGAAUAGUUAACUUUUUUGGUUCUUACAAACUGUGGAAUGUCCAGUUUGAUUCAAGCACUGGUGAACUAGUACCAUCAGCUAAUAUCCACCCAACUUAUACCCAGUUUGUACAGUUCUGGCUUGGUAUCUUUUCACAUCGAGUUUUGCCACUAUUUCCUGAGAAUGUUCAGAAAUAUGUUCAAGAUAGCCCAUACAUUAGUCUUCAGGAUCUUUUGAAGUUCUUUCCAUCUCCAACAGCAAACAACUCACUUGACCAGUUCCCACUUCCUCCUUCCUUUCGUGUCUAUCCAGAUACACCCUCUGAAACAGAUGGGGAAAGCUCCAGGGAGAGUUCUCGUAAAUCAUCUCGAGAAGAAUCUCCUAAAAUUUUUCAAGAACUGAUAAAAACACCAAAAGAAGAGAAUAUUAUUGAAGGAAAAAUAAUGGGCACUAAACCUUCAACAGAUGCUAAUGAGACUGUGAUUGAAGAAGGAUCAAAAGGAGCAGUUUUAAAGAGUAAAAAAAUGAGAAAACAAUCAAAGAACAUGAAGAAAGAAUUAAGAAAGGAAAAACAUGAGGCAGCUAGCAUACCUGGUGCAGAGUAUGAUGAUUUUCGGGGAAUGUUUGCCUGGGAACAGGGUCAUAUUGAUUACCUUGGACAUGAUAGCUCAGAGAAUAUGAUUAAAAGGUUAGAUUUUUUGUUGAAAUAAAAAGUAUUAGAAAAAUCUCCAGUUAAAAAAUUUACUCACUAAUAGGAAGUAGCUUAGCUUGUAGUUUUAGCUUUGUUUACAGUAGAUGUGGCUGAUCUUGGAAAUGUGUAAAUGAAUGAAGAAGUGUUUUGAUUAUUUACUCACACUGCUUAUGAGAAAAAAGUCCGUUUUUUUGUGAUUUGUUUUGGUCUUUAGAGAUUUUAUAAAGAAAAAUGAUGUGAAUUAUAAAAAAUUAAUUUUACACAUUUUAUUUAAACAAGGUUUAUGGCUACAGGAAGAGAAUUUUCUUGAGACUCUUUCCACAAACUGUAGGAUCAGAAUAAAGAUCAGGUUUUAGAUCUUUGGCACAUACAUUUAUUUAUUGUUAAUUAACUAGACUAGCUCAUAGUCUUUACCAGCUCAAAUGUUUGUUUUGUUUUUAAAUUUUGUUUUGUAGGAUAUCUGAUUCUCGGAAUAUGGUUUACUUCAUAUCAUUGAAACAAACUGUUGCAUUAACUUUAUUACUAAGUUUAUUCAAAUGUAUUUUUAGCAAAAUACUUACUGCAGAACACAUUUUUGUUAAAGCUUCUUCCCGCUUAUGCAUCAGUGAUUCCAUACUUAUAUGUAGUUCAAAACCUUAUGGUUAGAUGAGUGAGAGGUGUCUUAUUUAUUUUGUCUUCCCCCUUUUUUUCAUAUGAAGAUAACAAGGACAGAGAACAUGAGUUACCUUAAAGGGAUAAAAUUAAUAUGCAUUUCUGAAUUACAAGAUGUUCAGUAUAUCUGCCAUAAUAUGGGCAACAAAACCAAUUUGAAAAGUAAAAUAUUUCAACAGUCUUUCUGACAAACAGUUUGCUAACAAUUUAGUCUUAUAUGAAUAAUGUUACAGAGUUUGUCAGAAAUUAUGACCUUGUUAGUGCCAAUAUUUUACUUUAGAGUUUAUGGUAAACCAUAAUCAUUUGUCAAAAUCCUCUAAAAAAUGCUUCAUUGAUGUCUACUUUUUUGUGUUUUAAAUUUCCUAUUUGUCAUUGAAUUAUGAAUAAUCCUGUAAUACUAUUCUGAUUAUAUAUCUUUUUCUCUACAAAUUUGAUUUUAUGACAAAUUUGUUUGGAUUCCCUGUUUGUCAAAUGGAUAACAUCUUGGUACAUGAUUUGUAGUUUCUCUUUUACCAACUCCAAGCUAUCUAGUGAGCAAGUCUUGAUAUCCUUGUCUAUAAUCAGGAUAAGUAAGUUAAACAAUCUUGAAUGUUGUGGUAAAUUAUGUGUUCUUAUAUGAAACUAUACCAGUAAAUAAGUUGCGUGCCAAACUUUACAAAACAAGUUUUUCAAAUGCAAAAAUGUACCCUUCUACAGUAAAUUUUUUGUCUUAUUUUAGUCAGUUGUGGGUUUCUGUAUUCAUAUAUCUUUAUUUGCAUACGAAAUUUUAAUCUUAAUGUAUAAAAUAAUUUUUAUUGGAUUUUUUUUUUGCUUCUUUUCAUAAAGUAAUCUUAUUGUGAUAAUUUGUUUUUUAAAAAUGUUUUUAAAAAACUAGUUUGAAAUUUCACCACUGAAAUAAAAACCCAACAUGGUUUUCUCUUGAACCUUACAUUGAAAACUAUUAAUUUUAAUACAUAAUCAUGUCAGUUUAUUCAGCAUCCUAACUAGGAGAA